AUGGCUAGUCCUCUUCAAGCAUUAUCACAUACUUCUUUCGACACUGGGUACAGUGCUGAUUGUACUGAAUUCUGCCCUCUUGUCGACUCAACAGACUACUUGGCGUGUGGAACAUAUCAGCUUACAGACGAAACAAAGAACGACGCUCAGGUUCGCAAAGGAAAGCUUUACUUGUUCACAGUCGAUCCCAAAAACAAGAAUGGAUUGCAACAACAACAGGUCAUUGAAGGACCAGCUAUUCUCGACAUGAAGUGGAGUCAUGCACUUGUUGAGAAUCGCAAGGUGCUUGGUGUAGUAGAUUCAAUUGGUGGACUUCAAUUGCAUCAUUUGACAGAUGCUGGAGAAUUGGAAUCUCUUGCUCAUUGUCAAGUUAGUGAGCCAGACGUACUCUGUCUUUCACUUGACUGGGCUAGUCGAGUUAACAAGGACGAUCACCGGAUUGCGAUAUCUCAUUCGAAUGGUGAACUGUCAAUAGUCGUACCUUCCGAGUCAGAGUGGAAAGUAGCAGAUCAGUGGCAUGCACACGACCUUGAAGCCUGGAUUACAGCCUUUAAUUAUUGGGAUACCCGUACACUUUAUUCAGGUGCAGACGAUGGUCUGUUUAAAGGCUGGGACAGUCGGUCUCAAACACCUCAGUUCACCAACAAACGACACAGUAUGGGCGUCACCACCAUGCAAUCUUCACCAUUUCAAGAACAUACACUGGUGACAGGCAGUUACGAUGAAAAUAUCUACUUCUGGGACACUAGAUCUAUGCGAAUGCCACUCAAGACUGUUCAAACUCCCGGUGGAGGUAUCUGGCGCCUGAAAUGGCACCCGACCGAGGCCAAUUUAUUACUAUCAGCCUCUAUGCACGCUGGUGCCUUUGUCAUUAACACAAAUACCCAUGAAAUUGUCAAUUCGUUCCUUGAUCAUACUUCGAUGGUGUAUGGUGCAGACUGGUCAUACGUUCACAAAGACUGGGUAGCGUCGUGUUCGUUCUAUGAUCAUACAAUGCAUCUUUGGGAUGCUUCGACAACAGCCUAG